UUCAAACAUUGCUAAUGGUCGAUGUAGUUAUAAUUGGCGAGCCCCGAUGCAGAGGCAGAUUCCCCCCUACCGUAGCUUCUUAAGAGCCGUGAUACGUGAAUGAAGUCCCAAUCCAAGCACUCACCAUUUAUAUGGAACGAUGGACACAUCAUCUCUUCCUAACUAUUCCCUCCGUAUGGUUACAGAUACGUAACCUGAGUACCAGAGUACGGAGCAAUCAGUCCUACAAAUACGAGUUCUCAGUAUCACGAUUAUCUCCGACGACUACCAUCCCGAGUAUAUAGGCGUCCAAUCCGCCCUAAAUUCGGGAUGAUCAGCACUACAGACGUACCUAUUUACAGGUAUACUCCAAGUGCCGACACCCCGAGGGUGGUAACACAGGGCGCCAUCACAAAGGAGCACCCCACGCCCACGUCAAAUAACGCGCUUUAUUCUCGUGACUCGACCGUAGUAUCUCCAUCUCUUUACCUACGUAGUAUAUAAAAAAGCGACUCAUAUGUAGCAAGCCAAACCGCAAGAGUGAACAAGAUAUCAUCUAGUCACCCAGCUUCAAGAUGCUCAACAAGAAGGUCAAAGCAUGCGCCCUACACGUGGCGCCCGUGUACAUGGACAAGGCCGCCAGUCUCCGCAAGGUAGUCAAUCUGAUCUCGCAAGCAGCAGUUGAGUCCAUCGAGCUCCUCGCCUUCCCCGAGGUAUUCGUACCCGGGUUUCCCUACUUCACAAACUGCUACGCGCCGAACGCGGCGACCGUCGCCCUGUACGCAGCACAGAGCGUCGAGGUGCCGGACGACUUGACCGAAGUACAAGCCGCAUGCGCGACAUACGGGAUCGUAGUCGUGCUAGGCGUAUCGGAGCGCAUGCGCGGGGGACACACCAUAUUCAACAGCAUCGUGACGAUCGACUCGGAUGGCGCCAUCCUCGGCGUCCACCGCAAGCUGCAGCCGACGUGGGCGGAGCGGCUCGUCUGGGGCCAAGGGUCCGGGUACACGCUGAAGACGUACGAGCCGAAGGGGGCGGGGUACCGGAUCGGCGGGCUGGCGUGCUGGGAGCACACGAUGAAUGGGGCGCGGCAGGCGCUCAUCGAUCAGGGGCAGCAUAUCCACGUCGGCUGCUGGCCGGCCCUCGACAUCCUCGACGGCUUCGAGAACGUCGCGUGCAUGCAGAUCGAGGCGCUGAUGAAGACGCACGCUUUAACCGCGCAGGUGUUCGUACUGUGUCCGAGUAGCUACGUCGAUGCUACUUGCUUGGAGUGGAUGGAGAAGAAUCUUGGCCCGCAGGAUAAGGUCAAGCCUGGUGGGGGCUGGACCGCUAUCAUUCACCCGUUCUGCACUUUUGUUGCUGGUCCGUAUAUGAGUGACUUUGACCUGCUUGUCGUGGGAGAGGUUGAUCUCUCACAGUUGGAUUUGGUGAAGGCUUAUGUUGAUGGGGUGGGCCAUUAUAAGAGGCCUGAGGUCUUCAAGUUGGAUGUUGAUACGACUCAGCGAUGGAAGGAUGAGCCGGACAUCGUUGGCCCCAUCCCGUUGAAAAAGCCGUAAGCCGGACAAGUUCGCGCCCUUGGUGUCUUAGUGGGUCUUCCGUGACUCAACGGGAAUUUACGUGGUGGCGUCAUUCCGUGAUCGGCCGGGUGUAGUCAUCACGCGAUUUGAGCUUACUUAUCAGGUUCUUAUAAUAGGUACCUAGUAUCUAACAUAUGUAGGUUAUGAUUUGAUAUGAUAUUAAUUUCAUCACGAGAGUGAGACCUUUCUUAUUUCUAUCAACUA